AUGGCCUCUGCAAUAAACCACUUAUAUACAGUAUUACUCUCCAUCGUUCUCUCUUCCGCUUCAAGUUCCACGGCGGAGCCGCUUCCGCCUAUUUGGCCGGAGCAGUUCCAUUCCGUUCUGUUUAUGAACAAGAGCGGAAGCCUCCAGAAAAUAGACCUAUGGUACGACUGGCCUAACGGUCGAAACUUCAACAUCAUCCAGGAUCAACUCAACGAAGUCGCCGUUUACGAUCUGGAAUGGACCAACGGUACCUCUUUCGUCUACACUCUCCAUCCGUCCGAUCGCCACUGCAAGAUCCUCUACCCUGGCGUCGGUAUUCUCCGCCGUAAUUGGCUCGACGGUGCUACCUAUUUAGGUCAAGAAAAAAUUGAUAAUUUCGUCUGUAAUGUUUGGGAGAAAGUCGAUUUCAUUGUGUAUUACGAAGAUGCUGUAACUCGAAAACCUGUUAAGUGGAUCUUCUCCUCAGGAUAUACGGCUCAUGUGAUGACAUAUGAGGUUGGAGCAGUGCUUGAGGAGUCGAAUUGGCAGGCUCCUGUAUAUUGUUUCAAUCAGACUGAGAAGAUGUUAGAAUCUGCUGCUGUUCGUGGCGAUUCUUUUGGGAGUUUGAUGGGAGGAAAAUUCGUCGAUGUUCUUGACAUCUAA